UCUGAACUGUCUUGACUUUAUUUCAGAGAGGAUAUGUUUAAGAGUUGUUGAUAUAAUCCCCCCGGUCUUCUAUCCAGACCCGUACCCGAUCAGUUCGACCAUGCUCAUUAUCCCUGACCCGUAAGUUCUCCAAAGCCCGCUAUGCCACAAGCUUAUUGGCUUGUCGGCUAGGGAGAUAGCCUACGAGGUUUCGGCCCAUUCUCGAUUACCUAAACAUGGGCACUUCACGAGUUUAUGAAGCCACUAUCCGGCCCGACCAACAUGCUCCUACCCGAAGGCGUAGCCGGAAGAAAUGCAGAUCUAUCUUCAAUCGAGGCUUGUAUGCUGUUCAUCUCAAAAUCCAAGUCUCUGCUGUGGGCUGAUGUCAGCGAUCCCGAGCUCCCUGCCGAUGUCCCGAUGAAGAGAUUUGAGGAGCAGCUGGCCCGGGACAUUCUCGCAAAAGCAAACGAUGCCGAGAGCAAGCAGGGUGAAUGACCACACAAAGAAAGCUCUCAAGUGGCGUGCGUUUGGAACAUCCGCGGUCCUGGGUCAGAACUCGAAGGGGAAAGAGGGGCCCUUCUCUCCGCGGUUUCUUUUCGUAGAGGGCUUCCACUUGUGGUAUAAUUCCCUUCGGGCCACAGCGGGAGGCAAACGCCGCGAAUGCGAACUAUGAGGCGGCGGUCUGAAGAGUGGGGCUGGUCAAGGGUUGCAGGUUCCAUUUCGUGUGGGAGUAUCUGAGGUUCCCGUGGGAGGAUUGGUGCCCACAAAUACAAAGGCGAAGAUCUGAGCAGGUAUGCCGUCCCGCUGGAAACUACAAGGGGUCGAAAAUGACCAGCUGCUUUACCCU